AAGAGGUGAAGAGAAGAAUGGAACAGGAGAGAGCAGAAACUGAGCAGAAGAGAGCCAAACAGCUUCAGGAGAUGGAGGAAAAAAUCAAGAAGGAACGAGAGGAGAGAAGGAGGGAGGAGGAACUGAGAAAAAAAGAGGACAUGGAGAAGAAAAGGCAGGAAGAAAUUAAACAAAAGGAAUGGGAGCAAAAACUUGAAGGAGAGUUGAAGGACUAAAAAGGAAGAGAUGAGAAAGCAAAAAGAAGACUGGGAGAAGGAGAGAGAAGAAUGGUGGGAAAAACAACGUCAAGAAAAUGAGAAGAGACGACAAGAGGAGCAAAUUAGAAUUAAAACGUUGCAAGAAGAAUACGAGCAGGAAAGCAAAAAACAUGAACAGAAAAUAAAAGAAAUUAAAAAGGAAAAAGAUCAACAACUAAAAGAGAUGGAGGAAAAAAUAAACAAGGAACGAGAGGAGAGAAGAAGAGAAGAGGAACUGAGAAAAAAAGAGGACAUGGAGAAUAAAAGGCAGGAGGAAAUUAAAAGAAAGGAAUGGGAGGAAAAACUUGAAGGAGAGUUGGGUGACAAAAAAGAAGAGAUGAGAAAGCAAAAAGAAGACUGGGAGAAGGAGAGAGAGAAAUGGUGGGAAAAACAACGCCAAGAAAAUGAGAAGAGACGACAAGAGGAGCAAAUGAGAAUUAAAACGUUGCAAGAAGAAUACGAGCAGGAAAGCAAAAAACAUGAAAAGAAAAUAAAAGAAAUUAAAAAGGAAAAAGAUCAACAACUAAAAGAGAUGGAGGAAAAAAUAAACAAGGAACGAGAGGAGAGAAGAAGAGAAGAGGAACUGAGAAAGAAAGAGGACAUGGAGAAGAAAAGCCAGGAGGAAAUUAAAAGAAAGGAAUUGGAGGAAAAACUUAAUGGAGAGUUGGAGCAGAGUAAAGAAAAGAUGAGAAAGCAAAAAGAAGACUGGGAGAAGGAGAGAGAAGAAUGGUGGGAAAAACAACAUCAAGAAAAUGAGAAGAGACGACGAGAGGAGCAAACAAGACUUCAGAAGUUGCAAGAAGAAUACAAGAAGGAAAAAGAGAAACAUGAACAGAAAAGAAAAGAAGAAGAUCAAAAGAGAAGAGAACAGGAAGGGGAAGAGGGAAAAUAUUUAGAGAAUAAAUAUAAGAAAGAACAGGAGGAAAUGAACAAGAAGUACAAUCUGUUACAAGAUCUCUCAAAAGACAAAGAAAACGAUCUUAAAGAAAAAAUUGAAGACAUGGAGAAACAACAUGUAACACAAAUGCAAGAGACAAAAGAGAGACAUGACAAAUAUAUAAAAGAGAAAAUGGAGGAAAUGAAGAGACAACAUGAACAAGAAGUACUAGAACAACAGUGCAGGUGUAUCAUCCUCUGAUCUUCCCACUGACUCAGGAUCAUCUUGGUGUUAGCAGAUGGAACAUCACUUCCUUUAACAGCAGGUUUCUAGAUGACAAUUCCCAACAGGAACCAAUCCGGACCAUAAGAAAUACAACUUUUGUGACAUUUUCACUUUGUAAAUAUUUUAAAUAACGAUUGCAUGUUUUUUUGAAACCCACUAAUUAUUUUUACUGACUGCAAAUGUUAACUAGAUAAAAAAUGUAAUUGUUACUUUCUAAUCAUUAAGAGUUCCACCAACCUUCCUGGUGAAGAUAAGCUUUUUCUAUUUUAUUGACAUUAUGUGUCGGUGCACCUUUUCAACAAGGUCCAUGUAUUUUGUAAAUAUAUAUAUUGAGUGAAUCCUGCGAGUGUUAAUGCUGCAGUCAUAUCUGUAUCAUUUGUUUAUCGGUUGUCAUAUUCUUCUGGACACUGGGGGGUGAAGGUGAGCAAGGACGCAUAUAGAGGAGCUCCUCAGGACAGGUGCAGUGAUGUGAACCUGGGAUGAGCUCACAGUGUCCAUGCACACAAUAAAGUUUAUUGUAUUUUGCAUGAUUAAAAAAAACAGUUUUGUAAAUUAAAGAAGUCAUUUAUAUUGAGUUUACAUGUCCAAACUAGUUUUAACCCUUUGUAAAAAUAUCAGGUUUGUAGUUGCAAUAGUCAUCACAGUAAGUGUGUUCAUGUUUCUGAAGUUCAUUGACUUCUAUUAAUUAAAUGAAUCUCUUAUUAGAAACUGUCAGUCUUAACAACCCACAUAUUCUCAAAAUAUCAUCUUUAAGGUUUCACUGCCUCUACUUUACCACACCUAAAUUGUAUAUGUCAUCUUUGAUUUCUUUAGAAAUAUAUCAUAUUCAGAGCAUGUGCUGCCUCUAGAGGACGCCCUGUCUGUGAGCAGCUUGUUCUUAAAGUGUUGGGAUUCCUGUUCAAUGAUCUGCAGCCUGACUGCUGUUUGUCCCUGCAGAGAGAAUGUGCAUUAAAUAUGAUUCCUGCUCCUGUCAUUAUCAUUCAUAUCAUUCAUUUACAAUGUGUUUUUCUAUUACAAUGUGUUUGCCUUGUUGUUAUAAAUAUACAAUUCUCAUUC